GAAUCGGGGGUUUCCACUUUUUUAAAGGAUAUUCCUCUCCAAAAAGUUCCGUUGUUGGGAGGAAAAAACGGUGCUUUAGUCAAUGAGAAGCUCCACGUGAAGACUCUUGGUGAAUUAUGGAACUUUUCAUUGGAAGAUUUGUGUAAAGUGCUUGAUAGCGAAUUUUCUAGGUGGCUCUUUCGGUAUUCAAGAGGAAUCGAUUCGCGAAUUGUUUCUUCGAGAGAAAAGCUGGGAAGCAUGGGCUCUACCAAAACUUUUUCGUUAACCUAUGAUUACCAGGAAAUCUUAAAAUGGGUGGAUAUUUUGUGUCACGAGUUAAUAGAAAGACUAGAAGAAGAUUAUGAAGAAAAUAAGAGAUAUGCAAAAACUCUAAGCGUGCAUUACACGCGUGUUCGCAAUAAAAUAAUUGAACGGAAGUCUAAGUCCAGCGCAAUGCCCUCUUGCAAUUGUAACGGACGUAGUAGUGUUUUGUUAUUAGCUGUCCAGAAGUUAUUGAGCGAAGAAGAAAUUCUUCCUUGCGUGUCCGUUUCUGUUGUGGCUGAAAACUUCCGCGAUGAAAAAAGCUCCAAUGUUUCUCUCGAAAAGUUUUUUAACGAAGAAAAAUUGGAAUUUUCUAACAAUCUUUUAACACACCUCCCCAAAAAAGAUCUUUCAUCUUCCCUUAAAACAAUUAAAUUUUUUUUUCCUCAAAAUAAUAAUAAUAUUGUAUGGCAAGCAUUUACCCAACCCGAUUUGGAAAAAAUGGGAACCGACUCCCUCUCCGAAAAAACUCCUGUACCAGUGCAACUCAGAAGAAUGACGUAG